CGUGCGCGCCGCGCGCCUGCGGGGCAGGCUGGGCGCCCGGCGGCACCUCCCCAGACCUGGCGUCUGUUUACCAACAAACUGCCCGCGCUCGGCAGGGACGCAUUCCGACGCGCUGAAUAAGCUGCGGGCACUGUCUGUCUGGUCUCAACUCCCCUGCAGGUCCGUGGCGGCAGGAUCAGAAUCGCCCUGCAGAUCCCCAGAGCUGGAGAAUGCGACCGCAGGUUCCCUGCGUCCCCGAAGCCACAGGGCCUCCGCCGCUGUGCUGCUCCCCUCGCCCCUUGGCCAGCCCAGCCUCGCCAACUCCCUCGUGUUUCUGUUAUGACCGAGGUUCUCAGACUGCCCCAACCGCGCUGCAACCUCGGCACCUCUCUCGGAGAGGACCCCGAGAUAGCUGGGCCUAGAGCGUGCGCGCCGUCCUCCUCCCAUCUCCCAGUUGUGAAUUUCCCUGCCGCGGGCUGCCCCCGGGGGCGGGCCCGGCACUAGGCCUCCGUGAGGUCACCGCGUGCGGGAGCCAAUCCACGGCGUCUAAAUGGGCGGGGCCCCCGUCGGGUCCCGGGAACCGAACCCAAGAGCUGGAAGAGGGGGGCCCCAUGGAUUUAGGGGGGAGGGGAAAAGCCAUGGGGGGCACCCCCCCGGAACCCCUUUCCCAGGCGCGCGCUCUCCGCUGGAAGAGGCGCAGAGAGACAUUUUCCUCAGGAUCUUAAGAGUGGGGGAGGCUGGCUGGGGGGCUCAUCUGGCCCCAACGCCCGAGGCUCGAAAAAGAGAGUUGGCGGAGGGAGAGGACUACGUGCCGGGCCAUGGCCUAGGCCCUUUGGCCCCGGCCCCGGCCACAAUGACCUCUUUGCCUUGCCCCGUCCCUGGCCCGGACCCCUCCAAAGCCAUCUUCCCGAACAUCGCCCCCGUCCCAUCAGUAGUGGCUGCCUACCAGCUUGGCUUGUCUCCCGCAACCGCAGCAGCCUCCGACUUGCCCUAUUCUGGGCCGUAUGGCCACCUCUUGCCCUACCCUUACGCCGGGCCGGCGACCCCCAGAGACUCCUACCUGCCCUGCCAGCAACCCGCGGCGCCCUCCCAGCCGGCUCAGCAGGAGCGGGAGGCAGGCUCCGAGAAGCCGCCGCUGUCCCCGGAGCCCUCGGAGCGGCGCCCGCAGGCCCCGACCAAAAAGCUGCGCAAGCCGAGGACCAUCUACUCGAGCCUGCAGCUGCAGCAGCUGAACCAGCGUUUCCAGCACACGCAGUACCUGGCGCUGCCCGAGAGGGCUCAGCUGGCGGCGCAGCUCGGCCUCACCCAGACCCAGGUAAAGAUCUGGUUUCAGAACAAACGCUCCAAAUACAAGAAGCUCCUGAAGCAGAACUCGGGGGGACAGGAAGGGGACUUCCCUGGGAGGCCCCCCUCCCUGUCUCCCUGCUCCCCACCCCUUCCAUCCCUCUGGGAUCUACCCAAGGCAGGGGCCCUGCCCACCGGUGGCUAUGGCAACAGCUUUGGAGCCUGGUAUCAGCAUCACUGCCCAGAUGUCCUGGCUCCACCUCAGAUGAUGUGAGUCUGGGGAAGGGCAGCUCGGCCCCCAGCCCUCCUACAAAGCCCAGGACCCAGCCCACCUGCACCCCUUCUGGACUGGGAGGAAACCAGCUCCAGAUGGGUUUUCUCUGGAGGAUGAGGAGCUAGAGAAAAAGGAUGGGGUGGAGUCCUGUCCCCUUUGCCCCAUAACCCAAACAGCCUAAUCAAGGACUUUGCUCUUAACCACUGCCCCCCACUGCUACCAUGGACUGGACACCUUCCCUCCAGCUGGUCAAGGCUCUGGUGAGAGAGUCACUGGCUGACGUUCGGAUGGCUCCCAGAAUCCCUAGCCUUGCCACUUCUUCCGUGAGGGGGUUGCAGUCCCACCACAGCCUGGGGUCAAGCCAGCAAGAAACACUGAGUGUUUUUUCUCUUUGUGUGCCUUGGGCCUUGCCCAGGCUCUUGGCGAGCAAAAGCAGAAGCGCAGUGGACAUCCAGAGUCUUCGAGUUGACCACCGUUGGGUCCCGCCCACCGACUUUUCCUGGAGGUCAGCCCAUUGCCCCAUAACUGGUAGACCUGCUCACCAUCCUGUGAGGU